UAGGGUCGGUUAGUCGCCGUCGUCUAAGGUGUGCCCUGGGUUUGCCUCGCCGUCGCUGCAGUCCAGUCCCUGCGCCCUCCGCUUUCGCCGCGGCCCAGCCGCUCUCCCAGGCUUCCUCUCAUUAAACAUCCCCCCUGCCCCCCGCUUUCUGCCGUCGGGGCCCCGGGGCAGGGCUAAUGAUGCCAUCGGAGAGCGGAGCGGAGAGCCGGGACCGGGCGGCUGCACAGGUGGGGACGGCUGCUGCGGCCUCGGAGGCGGCACAGGCGCCCGGCAGGCGGCGGCCCGUACCCGGAGGCUCGUCGGCCUCCCUCGGACGGCACCUGAGUGGGCUGAGCUGGCCCCAGGUGAAGCGGCUGGACGCGCUCCUGAGCGAGCCGAUUCCCAUUCACGGGCGCGGCAACUUCCCCACGCUGAGCGUGCAGCCCCGGCAGAUCGUCCAGGUCGUCCGCAGCAGCCUAGAGGAAAGGGGGCUGCGUGUGCACGGUGUGCGGCUGCACGGUUCGGCUGCUAGCCACGUGCUGCACCCCGAGAGUGGCCUGGGCUACAAGGACCUGGACCUGGUAUUCCGCGUGGACCUGCGCAGCGAGGCAUCCUUUCAGCUUACCAAGGAAGUGGUGCUGGCCUGCCUGCUGGACUUCCUGCCUGCCGGUGUGAGCCGGGCAAAGAUCACGCCCCUGACACUCAAGGAGGCCUAUGUGCAGAAGCUGGUAAAAGUGUGCACGGACACAGACCGCUGGAGCCUCAUCUCGUUGUCCAACAAAAGCGGCAAGAACAUGGAGCUCAAGUUCGUGGACUCGGUCAGGCGCCAAUUCGAGUUCAGCAUAGACUCCUUCCAGAUCCUGCUGGACUCCCUGCUGCUCUUCGGCCAGUGCUCAUCCACACCCAUGUCCGAGGCCUUCCACCCGACAGUGACAGGCGAGAGCCUGUACGGGGACUUCGCCGAGGCCCUGGACCACCUGCGGCACCGCGUCAUUGCCACACGCAGCCCCGAGGAGAUCCGCGGGGGCGGCCUCCUCAAGUACUGCCACCUGCUGGUGCGGGGCUUCCGGCCGCGGCCCAGCACCGACGUGGGCGCCCUGCAGCGCUACAUGUGCUCCCGCUUCUUCAUCGACUUCCCGGACCUGGCGGAGCAGCAGCGCACGCUGGAGCGCUACCUGGAGGCCCACUUCAGCGGGGCCGACUCGGCACGCCGCUACGCCUGCCUGGUGACACUGCACCGGGUGGUCAACGAGAGCACCGUGUGCCUCAUGAGCCACGAGCGCCGCCAGACGCUGGACCUCAUCGCCACCCUGGCGCUCCAGGCACUGGCUGAGCAGGGCCCGGCGGCCACCACCGCCCUGGCCUGGCGCCCUCCAGGCCCCGACGGGGUCGUGCCGGCCACUGUCAAUUACUAUGUGACCCCCGUGCAGCCUCUACUGGCCCAGGCCCAGGCCUCCUAUCCCACCUGGCUGCCUUGUAACUGACUCAGACCCUGGCCAGAAAGGACCAGGCCUCCCCAGAUGGAGUGGGGCCUCCAGGAGUGUGUGGAGGACAUGACCAGAGACAAGCAGCCUGUACCAGGUGGCCCAGCACUGCUGCAGGGUUGGGCCUUCAACUGAAUAGACCAGACUCCCCCGAAUGAGGACCCUGUGGACUUAAGGCCAAGCUGGGGUUCUUGAUAGGUGGACCUUCUGGUUACUGCACCACUCUUUGGACCAGCAUGAUUGUAGGAUGCAGGGGCUUUUUGUCUUGGGAGUCAGUUGCCUUCAGCAGACAAAGCAUGUUUGGGAUAGUAGCCACGUCAAUGCCCAUCAUCUCAGGUUGAUUUCUGUGGCCUAGAAAGGGUCUUUUUGGCUAGAGCCAGCCCACAGUGAAACCAGUAGCCUCCAAGGGGCUGCA